CGUGUCUCGUUGGGUCACUGCUGUGUGGACCCACCUACCGCCUGGUUGCUUGUCAAGGUGGGAGAGGGAGAUUCAGCUUGGCCGACGGCGAAGAAUGGCGAUGCAGAGAGCCGCCACGGCCCUCCUCCUCCUCCUUCCCCUCCUCGCGGCGGCGGGGACAUCCACCCUGCCCUUCAUCGUCCUGCACGGGAUUGGGGACCAGUGCGCCAACCAUGGCGUCGCUCACUUCACAAAACUUCUCGCCGAAUGGUCCGGCUCCGACGGCCACUGCAUAGAAAUCGGGAGCGGAACAUGGGACUCUUGGGUCAUGCCGCUUCAACAGCAGGCUGAUAUCAUCUGCAACAAGGUCAAGGAAAUGGAACAACUGAAAAGCGGCUACAACAUAGUUGGUCUGUCUCAGGGGAAUUUGAUUGGUCGAGCAGUAGUUGAGUAUUGUGAUGAUGGACCACCAGUCAAGAAUUUCAUCUCUCUUGGAGGUCCUCAUGCUGGUACCGCUUCAGUGCCGCUUUGUGGUUCUGGAAUUUUUUGCAUUAUUGUCGAUGCUCUGAUUAAAUUAGAGAUCUACUCGGACUAUGUUCAGGCACAUCUUGCACCUAGCGGUUACCUCAAAAUCCCAACUGAUAUGGCAGAUUAUUUGAAGAGUUGCAGGUUUCUUCCAAAACUUAACAAUGAAAUUCCAGAUGGAAGAAAUGCUACCUACAAGGAAAGGUUCAGCAGCCUGGAGAAUUUGGUACUGAUCAUGUUUGAGAAUGAUGCAGUCUUGAUACCUCGAGAAACCGCAUGGUUUGGUUACUACCCUGAUGGAGCCUUUGAUCCAAUUUUACCACCUCAGAAGACAAAGCUGUAUGAGGAAGAUUGGAUUGGUUUGAAGACACUGGAUGAAGCAGGGCGAGUAAAAUUUGUCUCCGUGGCAGGGGGGCACCUGGGCAUCUCCAAAGGUGACAUGAAGAAGUACAUCGUGCCUUACCUGGUGGACAGGUCAUCAUCAGAGAAGACCCGGAGCGUUUCUGACUUGCUAGGUGCGGCUUGGCACAGCACCAGGGAAGCAUUGGGGCUGACGGAGGGCGACGAUGAAAUGCUUUACUCGCGGGCAGCAUUGUGAUGGAUCAUACUCAUACUUAAGGUUCUUUGGCUCUUUGCUCUGCUCCAAUAAGUGUAUAGUAUAUGAUGGACUUUGUAUUCGGGUGCAGUCCAGUAGUGGAUUCGAAAUGUUACUACCAUUUGGCAUUAGGUCCUCAUGAUUGAUAGGAUCACUGCAACGGUUCCAUGUAUGAUUGAUAGGAAGUAUUGUUAUCUGUAAGUAAUAUAUAUAUAAUAUAAAGGUGCGGAAACAAACAACUAUUGGGCUGGAUGUGCUGCUGGUCUCACCCAGCCCAAUAGGCCGUGCAAGUACUGGGCUAUGUGGGCUCGGAAUUUUGAUCUGGACCCCCACAGCACUGUUUGUGUUUGGGAGACUGGGCGAGGGGAGGAGGACCUGUAAAGCACAACCACUCCACCCUACCCUACUGAUGAAUUGAAUUGGCCACCUCCGUU